CGAGUAGAGUCAAGUUGUUGGAAGUAUGGCCGAGCAGGAGGUGACAGCGAACAGGGGGGUUGUUAACAGAGUGCUGUCAGCUGUUGGGGUUACCAGUGUGGUCCACAGUGUGUGGGGCUACGCGAACACAACAAUAAAGUGGUGUUGGAUCCCCAACUGGCUGCCAUCAUGGUGCCCCACCUCUCAGAGCCACCUACAGACUGCAGAGGACAUGAUACUCAGAUGUGUAGACAGUCCUUUCUCCAAACAGCAUGUCCCCAUUUCCAGUGGCAACCUCCUGUGGACCCUAAGCUUUAGCAACACCAAUGUGAAACACAAAACCCCGCUGGUUCUGCUCCAUGGUUUCGGAGGUGGCGUAGGUCUUUGGGCUCAGAACCUGGAUGCUCUCUCUCAGAACCGCCACGUCUUCACUCUGGACUUACUGGGCUUCGGUCAGAGCAGCAGACCCCAGUUCUCUUCAGACGCCCAGGAAGCUGAGGACCAGUUUGUGGAGUCUAUAGAACAAUGGAGGGCUAAAAUGGGUUUGGAGUCCAUGAUACUGCUGGGUCACAACCUUGGAGGAUACCUGGCAGUGUCCUACUCCAUCAAGUACCCAGGCAGAGUGAAGCACAUUGUGCUGGUGGAACCCUGGGGUUUCCCUGAGCGUCCAGACACAGAAGAAGCUGAUCGUCCCAUCCCAAUGUGGAUCAAAGCUCUUGGGGCCAUGUUCAGCCCCUUCAACCCUCUUGCUAGCCUGCGCGUGGUGGGACCACUGGGUCCCACUCUUGUCCAAACUCUCAGACCUGACUUCAAGAGGAAGUUCUCCACCAUGUUCACAGACAACACCGUGUCAGAUUACAUCUACCACCUGAACGUGCAGACACCCAGUGGGGAAACGGCCUUUAAGACGAUGACCGUUCCGUAUGGCUGGGCGAAGAGGCCGAUGCUGCACAGGAUGGACCAGCUGGAGCCCGACAUCCCCAUCACCAUCAUCUACGGCUCGCGCUCCAGCGUCGACAGCUGCUCAGGCAUCACCAUCAAGGAGAUGAGACCUCGCUCUCAUGUGGAGAUUAUUACGAUCCGUGGAGCCGGACACUACGUGUACGCCGACCAGCCCGAGGACUUCAACCACCGAGUUUUACAAGCGUGCGACAAAGUGGACUGAAGAGGACACGAGCUGUGUCAUUGAACUCUGCACAACAACAACAACAACAACAACAACAACAACAACAACAACAACAAAAAGGGGAGCACCAGCAAUGCACAAACUGUGAAAUCACAGGAUUCCAAUUUGACAAAGAAGCAGGGCACAUCUCGUUAGUGCGGAGAUGUACUGGGUAUUCCUGCUUUGCACGAGGUCUGUGCUACAUGUAGUUCUGGAGUGUUCCACUAGGGGGAACACCACAUAAUUCAGACUGUGUAGAACAACAGAGUUUGUUGGGUGGAGGUCAUGACUGAAAAUUAAGAAUGAUAUUGUUAUAUUACACUGGGAGCAGGUUCUCUUACAUGUAAUACACAGUUUUCUUCUUCUUUUAUGCUACUUGAAGGCCACCGUAGUUUCUCAUAUUCUUUUGAAUGGGGGUUGUGUGAAGCAAGAGGUAUUCAUGCCACUAAAUCCUACUCACCACUCCUGUAGUCGACAAUAUUCUAUAGGGCUGAAGCUAACGAUUAUUUUCAUUUGCCAAUUAAUCGAAUACUUAGUUUGGUCCGUAAAAUUUCAGAAAAUGUUGAAAAACGUCAGUGAUUGCUUUUUCCAAAACAUUGAGAUUAUGUUCUCAACUGUCUCGUUUUGUCCAAAAUCAUUCAGUUUUAACGAUUUUGCAAAGAAACCAGAAAAUAUUCACAUUUAAGGAUUGAUCAUCACCAAUCGAUUAUGAAAACAGUCGACAGUUUAUUUAGUAAUCGAAUAAUUGAAUAAUAAUGUUAUCUCUGUUUUCACCUUCUGCCUGGCACAUACUGCCACUGCACUUUUUUAUGUUUGUGCAAAUGUUGCAUUUCAUUUCAUUUCAUUUUCAUUUCAACACGUCACAUACAAUUUUUCAAGAAACAGACUCAGGACAUGUGUAGAUGCCACAAUGUAUAUUUCACACUUAUAAUAGAAACCCUUCAGUGAUUCAGUCACAGGGUUUAAAACAAGCUACACCAAAGGACACACACACACACACACACACUGGGUGGUGCUGCAGCAGCUUCGUGUCGUUAGUUUUGGCGUUAACUGCACAGUAUUUUUCUGAGAGGUAGCAUUUAUGAAAUGGAACUGCACUGCUGAACACAAAGAUCCAGUAUUCAGUACAUUGAUGUGUAUAUAACGGAUCAGUGUACAGUUUUAAUAUUUAAAUGUACUGAAAGAGAGUCAAUGUCACUGUGUUCACAGAGCUCAGUUACACCGCCAUGUGUUCCCUUGCUUCCUGCGGAUUGUGGUUUUGUUCCGUAUGAUUCCAAACAGUCAGACAGGAAAUAUUCUCGUCAGUGGAUACAGUUCCACUUGCAUCAGCACCAGGAAGCGCCUAUCAAUGAAUGUGUUGUUGUUGGUGGUGGUGGUGGUAACGUUCUCUGCUUCAUCAUUGUACGGAUCUGU